GGGUUGAUUAUUGAUCAUUGGGAGGUAGAUGGGGACCUUGUGACCCUUGAAGAUGAGAUUGGAGAGGGAGCCUUUGGUAAGGUGUACAAGGGAACUCUGGUCAAACCAACCAACGUUUCACCCCAGAAGUUUUGUUUGAAGCCGUGGAAGAAAACUGUUAAGACUAUCAGCGGAAGUGAAACAUACGUGGUUGCGGUAAAAAUGCUUCACAGUGAGUAAAAUUAAUAUCCUGAUAUUAAAAAUAUAGAGAUGUUAUAUUUAACAAUUAUUCCACGAGUGCGCGUUGGAUAUGAGAUGGUAGUUAGCCAACAAGGUGCGUAGCUCCGAGUUGGCUAUAAUCAUCUCAUAUCGAACGAGCGCGAGUGGAAUAAUUGUUUUAUUAAAAACGCCCACAAAAUAUCGAGAGUUCUCCCCGACUUUAUUUUUAAAAAAUAAUCGAUUUUCAGGUUGUUUUUAAUUUUGAUCAGACGCGUACAGAGAGACCAUGGUAUAAUGGCUCAUGUACCAUGAUGGCUAAGCCAAUCAGAGCUCUAGAAUUGCAUUAUCUAACGACUCAGUUUUUAUUAAAUACUGUUAAUGCGCUAGUUGAAAGAACGUCACUUUCAUUCUAUAGAAUACUUUCCUUGGACAUUGAAUGCGGAUUUUUUUUUCUUUUUGUUUUAGCUUUGCCAGAUGAAGUUGUACGCCAAGACUUUCUGGAAGAAAUUCAACUAAUGAAAGCAGUGGGUUCGCACAAGAAUAUUGUUAAUAUGGUCGGCUGCUGCACUGUGGAGGAACCCGUGUUUUUGUUAGUUGAAUAUGCUCCGUACGGAGAUCUUCUGCAUUACCUCAGAAAACAUAGGAAAACGGUAUUGGUGUACUAUUUCCAUUUAUUUAAGUUUCGGAGAAGCAUUAUGCUAUUCCGCGGGGAGGGGAGUGGAUACUCUCUUAGUUGAAAGACACAAUUCUAGAAUGUUUAACACAGUGUUCUUAAUAAAUUUUGUUGAACCGUCUCAUAUAUAAGGCUUCAGGAAAACAAAUAAACAAAAUCAAAUAAAACUUUCUUACGGGAUUUUUUUCCUCUUGAACACUGAUGUUCUUCUCUAAGUCUGGGCUUAAAUGUUAUAAGUUCUUUCAUCUUCAGCAUAACAGAGUUUAGGGGUUAAAUGUAUCUGCUUGGUGGUAAGGCAAUAUUUGCAAAAGGGCAAUGCGAAGAGUAGCGGUGGUAACAACCUACUCCUUCCCUCGCGUUUAGGAGAAAGGGCAGGAGAGAACCUGGGGUAUGAGAUUGUAGCAGAGUUGAGCAGGACAUUCUCUCCAUUCGCCACUUUUGCAUUGCCCAUAAUGCACUUUGUUUCUUUUGGGACCACUGUUACAACUGGGAGAAAUUAGAAAAUAAAAUUCUUUUUAAAACUUUAUGGGUGAUCCGAAUGUAAAAACUGAACCGAACUCAUGUCCUUACAAAUUACUGGUUGCAUGUAGCUCCAUCACAAGGCUUCAGAGAGCGGCAUGAUUUAGCAAACAAUUAUGGGUCUUCAAAUAAUUUAAUUUUGUACUAUCGCUACAAAGUCCUGGUUAAAUGACACAGAUUCCUUUAGUAUUGCCCAGUUCUCUGUGACUGGUUUUAUCUUCAAGAAUUUUCCUAGACAAUCGCAAAACCGUGGUGGUAGAACUGGGAUUAUGUUCCGAAACUCGUUCAACGUUUCACUAGUUGAUGGAAAGGGAAACAAGUCCUUGGAAUUUUCUGAUUAGAUUGUUAAAGUGCAAGACUGAGAUAUUUAAUAGUGUAUCAACCUCCCUCUUCUUCGUUACAUCCUGUUUCUACCUCUGUUUUCUUCGAUAAUUCCUUCAAUUUUUAGAGAAAAUUGGAGAACCGCUGUUGUUAUCCCUCUGUUGAAAAAACUUGGACUUGAUUUCGUCUUCACAAGUUCCCGUCCAGUCAGCAAUCUUUCAUUCAUUUCUAAGGUAAUGGAAAAGGCUGCUCUUGACAAAUUCUCAUCCACUGUGAAAAAAUGCCCCUCUUCCUAAAUUUCAGUCCGGCUUCCAUACGUAUCACUCGACGGAGAUUGCUCUUAACAAAGUUUCAAAACGACAUCUUAAUAAGUAUGGAUAAUAACAAAGUAACACUUCUUGUACUCUUGGACCUUAGUCCUGCCUUUGACACUAUUGAGCACUACAUUCUUCUGAAUAUUUAGCAACAGGAGUUUGAAGUCGUCGGGACUGCUCUGAAUUGGUUCUCAUUAAUGCUAGGUCCCAAACAAUGUAUAAUUGUUGUUGACUUCUGAUGACUUAAAUCUGAACUGUGGCGUACACCAGGGCAGUUGUACGGGGCCUAUUUUAUUUACUGUUUACGUCUCUCGCUUUUUUGAACACUAUUCACAGGACCUCCCUUCUGUCAAUGGUAAUGCUGAUGAAACAGAUUUGCCUCUCCUUCCGACCUGCCUCUAACGAUUCGAAAUUAACGCUGUCUCCGUGAUUGAGAAGUGCAGCUGAUGUUUGCUCUUGGUUUAUUGCUAAUCGUUUAAUGAUCAAUGACAUGAAUGUUUAAUAAUUGGCCCUUGUUAAGAACUUGAAAAAGAAAAACAGCUGUUGAAUCUGUUGUCAUUGGUGACACCGUCAUUAAACCUAGAAAGCGUCCGGAACGUUGGGUCCUGGUUCUAUGCUCAUAUGCGGAUGAAUGUUCAUAUAGGCCAGAUUUGUAGCAGGGCUUUUCGCGGGCUUUACAACAUUAUUUUUCAAAAUUGCAAAAUUUGAUCGAUCUUCAACUUCUUUUCCAUCGGCAACAGCAACUGGGUUAGGGAAGUUUAACUACAACUGUAGAUCCAGCUCCUCUGCCUACUUCUUAGCAUCUUUAAUGAUGGAGUGGCGUCCAUUUUGUACGGCUAGCUCUUCAAACGAUCUUACGGCUGCUAUCGUAGGGUCAGCGUUGCAAUAAAGCUUUACUGUUGCUUUGAUCUUAGUGUUCUUGUAUUCAUUCUCCACGGACUUGAGACCUCUUCCACCGAGCUUCCUAGGGCCUCUUCAUAUGAGCCCUGUUGACCGGGCUGGCUCGGUUACCGGGAUGAAUUUUGCCUUGAGUUCAUAUGAGAAAUUUCAGCCCGGUUUCCGAGAUGAGAAAAAGUCAAAGAUCCUGGCACCAAAUUUGGGAAACAAAGCAAACAUAGCGAAACACAAAAAUUUUAACUUUUGGGCCUAUCUUAGCAUCGGUAACUCUUAAAGCUGUAUCACUGCAGUUAAAUGGGAUGCUUAUGAUGUGGAAAAGACAGCAGGCAAUGUAAGACGAUGCCAUUCGGACCGCCAGAAUUCAUCCCACCGUUCAUUCCAGUAACCAGGAUGAAGUGUUCAUAUGGCAAAAUUUCCAGCCCGCUUACCGAGAUCUCGGUUGGAAAAACCGAGAUCUCGGGAACCCAGCCAGCCCGCCCUCUUAUAUGAACACAUCGAAAAUUUUACAAAGGAUUUAGAGGUGAGGCGAGAUCUCGGAAACCGGGCUCAUAUGAAGAGGCCCCUAGACAUGUAGAGUAUCGCUGUCGACACCUUCGGGUAAUUUCCUCCAUUUUCCACGAUGAUCGUUCUUCCCUCUCGGUCAAGCUGUUGGAUGUUUGCUAUCGGCCAAGUUUGUGUCCACAUCAAGUAUGUAAGUACUGGUAAAGCGUACUUAUUGGACGCCACUGCCUUUGCAUGAUCUGACAAUGGGCUGGACCAGAUAAUUGAUAGCCUCUGUAACUAUGUCUUUGCUGCGGCUUCCAGUACUUGCUUAUCCUCUUGCUUGGUGUUUUCGAAGACGCCCAGGAACUUUAUAGGUGUUAUGUUGGUCCAGGCUCUUGAUAGGUUUAAGAUCAGCUAUCUUCAUAUCUCCACUUCCUUGCUCGACCUGUCCCCUAUUCACGUGUAUCACUGCACACUUCUUCUCAUUCCACUUCAAACGGGUGAUUUCCAAUCCAUUGUUCUUUUUCUCCUUCUCCUUCUUCUUCUCCUUCUUUUUCUUCUCCUACUUCUCCUUCUUCUUCUUCUUCUUCUUCUUCUUUUCUUCUUCUUAUUAUUUAAUUAUACGUCUUGAAUGGUACCUAGUACCCAAGUUUAACUUUAUGUCAGCUGUUUUAACCAAUCUUCCUCUUCGGAAUGUGACUUUUGCUCAUUUUUCAAGCCAAAAGUCCAUUUAAUAGGUACUACUAAACAUCCUAACCGUGCUCAAGAUACCCGUUUGGUGUUCAUCUUUUUUGGCAAAUGUCUUGGAAGCGUCAACCUCGUUUUUAUUUCUCCUAGGUAAUACAGUCGUCCGAAAAGACAUUUUAAAAAAUGCUUAUCAUGCAAAAUUUUGGCAAACAAGGUGUGUUAUAGGUGAUAAGAAUAUUAAUGAAAUGACGAAUACGUUAAUUUUUGAGAUCCUUUAUUUUACUUUUCUUUUAGGCCUGUAAAGACAAACGUAUCUGUUUCAAUACUCCAAUGUCAAAAGCAGAGCUUGGCUGUUCAAACACUUUCACUACACCUGAGGAUCAGAUUGAAACUAGCUUGAAUACUGAAGAGGAGGAAAAAGAAGACUGCAACGAGGAUAUUUUGACUCCUGGAAAUCUAAUGGCGUUUGCAUGGCACAUCUGCCAAGGCAUGGUAAGUAAGACAGCAGUCAAUUUUUCGUCCAGUUUCGAAACUUACUUUCCUGAAAAAAUAGUGCUUCAUUGAAGAAAAACCGCCAUACUUCGCCUCCUGGGUAGCUUUAACGAUUUUGGUUCCGCAUUGUGGAGUUCUAGGCUUAAGUGUGAUUCCCGGCCGACUAACACUCAGGGUCUAUAAAUAACUGAAGAGAAACUGCAAAUUUUUUCUCUGACAUCUUCAAAUGCUUGAAAACGUUUUGUAGUCUUCGGGGAUAUUCUACAGUAUAACGAUAAACUCAGGGUCCUUUCACGCGGUCGCUCCACGUAAUUUGACUUUACAGGACGUUUUAAAUUUCUUACAGAAUUUUUUUUCCUUGUGUAAGGAAUACCUGGCAAGAAACGGAUAUGUUCAUCGCGAUUUGGCGGCUAGAAAUGUACUUAUUGGAGAAAAGAAAAUUGCAAAAGUGUCAGACUUUGGACUGAGUCGCCACGUGUAUGAAGAGAAAGUUUACCACUGCAAACGAAACAAGAAACUUCCCUUCAAAUGGAUGUCAACAGAAGCCAUCUUUGACCACACAUUUACGACGAAGAGCGAUGUGUAAGAUUACCUGUUCAAUUGAUGCAUAACUAAACACAGCGCUGUUUGUAAAUAAACAAAACAAAAAACUAAUUCAUAUACAAUUUCAACGCAAAGUUCACAUGAAUCAAAUUCUUAAAUAGAGCUAGCUUAUACCCUGCUAACAGGAGUUUUCUUUUCGGUAAAUGGUUUUUAGCUUUUACGAAGUAGUUCGCGCCGAUGGAAUUCGCGUAGUUGGCUUGUUUACCGACUCCGCAUAUGCUUAAAGUUAUGCCGGACAGAAACCAUAGUAGUAUACUAUGGAGAAGAGCUCAUUACUUUGCGAUCAAUUGCAUAAAGGUCGAUGACGUCGCAGCCUUUUGCCUUUAACUCGUGUAUAAAAUGCGGUGAAAUGUCAUUUAGAUAAGGUCAUUUACCUGCUGUGUAGAAGGUUUUAAGCCUCGUUAGACAGGUUUUCUAAAUAAUAAUAGGUCGAUGAAUGUCUGGCUUUAAGAUUGACAAAAAGCUAAGAAAAGCAUCCCUUAUUCGUGACGUAAUACAAUAACCCAAGUUUAAUUUCCUGCCGCUUUCAUUAUCCAUCGCAGACAAUGUAUUUUCCAGCUCCCGUCAUACGGUUUUCUGGCUGUGCCUUCGAAGUUAAAAACACGGUUUUUAAAGCAGUACCCGGUGCAUUAUGAUAGUCCUGUGAUGGACUUAAUCAUCCUUACUUAUUCACAUAAAGGAAUAAAGGCAGGUAACAGUAAAAAGGCAUGCACCGUCAGUAGUAUAGGGUGCACCGGUAAGGCCCCUUUUUUGCACAGGAAUCUCAUUAGCUUGCGCAGGAAUACAUUAACUAGGUGACGUCGUAGGCUAUUGUCUUGAUCUCAUGAAUAAAAUGCAAAUUUUUUUACCCCGUUUCCCUCCACCACCACCACCAACGCCACAUUUCUAUUGUUUUCUCUCCACCACCACCGCCACAUUUCCAUUGUUUUGCCUCCUCCUCCACCUCCUCCUCCUCCUCCUCCUCAUUUUUAUUGUUUUCCCUCCUCCUCCUCCUUUUUUAUUGUUUAUUGGGAAAACAAUGGAAAUGUGGCGGUGGUGGUGGAGAGAAAACAAUAGAAAUCCUUUUAUUCCUUUAUGACGUCACCUAGUUAAUGUUUUCCUUCGCACGCUAAUGAGAUUCCUGCGCAAAAAAGAGGCCUGACCGGUGCAUCCUAUACUACUACCGUCCGUCCCAAUUAUUACGCACUAGGACGAGAGAGGAAAGAAGACCGCAAACCUUGUGACAAGCGUGACAAUAAUUUUGUUUGAAAAACUUUUCGCCAAAUUAAACCUUCCUUUGAACAAAUCUUUUUGUAAAAGACCAGGAAACAUUAAUGAUAAGAUAUAACAUUAGCUCGCUAGCUAGCCACUUUAAAAUUCAAGUGAAACUAAAGUUUAUGUUAUGCUGUUGUAAUGAUAACUAAAGGGAAGACCACAUCAAAACUCCCAAUCAAUAGCCCUGUUACGUUUGUCACACACAAGCGCUUGCUUUUGGCUGUCCUCUUCUUCCUGGCGUCCUGUUGCGUAAUCUCACUAUAAUAAGCAAUAGGUAAGGAAGAUGCCAGUUUGUUUGGUUUUUUUUUUAAUGAAAAUUUAAGUCUUUCUCGUAUUUCUUAUAGAUGGGCCUUUGGAGUGGUACUUUGGGAAAUAGCUACUCUAGGUACGCUAACAUGUACAGUUGUAAACAACAAUGAGUAAACAGAGCGUUCGCGCCAAGAAUUAAAUUGACGGCAUGGUAGCCAUUUCAUCCUUCAACUGUUUUUUUACCAUGCUAAAUAAACGCGUGCAACGUGGUAUUGGCCAACUUCGCAAAUGAUCAAUUUUAGUUAUGGGCAAAAUCAUCUCAGCCAUUUUUAGAGGAACUGCAUAGGGGACACUGCUGACAACUACCCUGAUGUGAUGAUAUCGUCAGAAAAGAUACAUAAGCAGCAGUUGUACCUCUCAAGUGCAAACUCUGCAUGAGAUCUGGGAAAAAAUUGUCUUUAAAAAAAAAGAAUUCUAAAAAUGGCUUUUCGGUGUUUUUCGCCAAAUGCUCAGUUUUCUCUGAAAAAAGAAUGGCAAGUCCGACCUGUUUUUCUAUUGAUUGGAUUUUAAUAGUCCUUUGUGUGAUCCACUUUUCCUACAAAGUUAUAGUAGGCUAACAAAAAGACGUUUUUGAGCGACGUACGUCAACCGGGAGUGCUCUUUUUUACAUUUGUGGGCAGCACUCUCGCUCAGAUCUAGGGAAAACCCUCUCUACAAGACAGUGUGAAGACACUAAGCAAUACAAAUCUGGUAGCGUCAAGGUUUUUAUGGGAAAAAAGGUCCCUAAUAUCUGGGGAAAUACUUCCCUGUCAUCAAUGGGCACAAGCCGUCCUUAAUACUUCUUUCUGAAUCACCAUAUCAGGUGGGACGCCAUACCCUACUAUAGAAAGCGAAGAAUUGUUUCGGCUGCUAAAGAAUGGGUACAGAAUGGAAAAACCAGACACUUGCAAUGAAGAGCUGUAAGUAAUGACAUUGAUAAUGAAGAUAUUGAACUUAAAUAACCAUUCCGUUACCAACAGCUACUAGUGGAUUCUCUCUUUACUGAGUAAAUUUCUUUUAUUCUUUUUUUACAGCUACAAAAUGAUGCAGGACUGUUGGCAGGAUAGCCCUGAAAACCGUCCCACCUUCACUCAGAUCCUUGAGAGCCUGGAGACCAUUAUGCAAAAGGAAAAUCCAUAUCUCUACCUGACUGCCGCGGACGAAUCGCAGGCCGAAUACAACGUACGGUCUUUUGACAAUAUGGCGAAGGAGUCCGAUGAUGAUCAAAGAGAA